AUGGUGAUAACUCUCGUUAGCGUUGCUACAAAGCCCGAGCAGUGCCAACUAUCAAUCGAAGCCAAGGGGCCGCUUCUGAGGUCCGCUCUUGCUUUGCUCAAGGAGAAUGAGAUGCUUGCCCUAUUUCAAGUGGCAUACGUGUCCAUCUCAGCUGGUACGCUUCCGCCAAGCAGGGAUACCCCAGAAGCAAACAUGCUGAGCGAUAAGCUUUCAAAUGGAGAAGGUAUUCCAUUAAUUCUAUUCAUAGGCUUUACCCUUGUUGUAACCUUAUCACCAAAACAUCGAUGUCCCCGUUGCUGGCUCCACAGAGCCGAUGUUUUCGCAUCCCCGUGCAUUCGUUGCGCAGAAGCUCUUGAAAAUAAAUAA